UCGGACAUAUACACACAGAAUACUAUUUUUUGACUAUUUAAAUCCUCUCUUUCUCAUCAUUUUUGCUUUCAAAGCAAAACAAAAAACAAAACAAACAAAAAAAAACCAAAUCUUUCUCUCUUUCCAACGAACACAAGUCUCUGUUUUUUGUAUCUCUCUGUUUUUGUAUGGUUUUUACUCUGUUUUUUUCUUGAUUGUUGAGUUUAGUUGAAGAGAGAAGAAGAUGGGGUUUUCGAAGAAAUCUCAAUACGAAGGAGGUUUAGAAUCCGACGGGAAGAAAUGGGUUAUCGCCGGAAUCUCGAUUCGUGCGACGUUGAAACCGGUGAAGACGAAACUACUCAGACCGCCGCCGGAGAUAGAAGCCGAAGUUGAAGAAGAUUACUACAACGAAGAGGAAGAAUGUUCCACGACGACGACGACACCGACAGCGAAAGAAGCGAAGAUACCGGAGAAACUUAAAUGUCCACCGGCGCCGAGGAAACGACGACCGGCGUUGAAAUGUCGGAGUAACGCUGUUACAGAGUUCUUUACUCCUCCGGAUGAUUUAGAGACGGUGUUUAUACGACGUCGUUAGAAAUAGUUACCAAAAAAAUGGAAUUAGUGAGUUUAUUAUAUAGUUUCUCUAAUCACAAACCAUAUUGAAAACUUUGGGUUAUUAAUUUAGACGUAAGACAUAUAUUUGUAAUGAUUUCUUUUUUUAGUUAACAGAGAGUUUUUUGGAUUUCAGAUCUCAGUUUGUUUAUUUUCUUUCUUCUUGUUGUUGUACAAGAGAUGUAGAAACUAGUGAUGAUAAUGAGAAGCUUCUAAAUUAGAGCCUUA